AUGGACUCGGUUCUCUCUCGAUAUCCGCUAGAGGAGCGGUUCAACAGCUCGAAGGUGGUCUCCUACGCCGUAGAUCGGUGGCACUAUUCGUUGCAUAUCUCCGCGCUCUACGUCCUCGGCGUGUUCGCCCUCCGGCGGUACAUGUCCACUCGAGAGCGCUUCAACCUCCGUCUCCCUCUCUUCAUGUGGAGUCUGACACUAGCUCUCUUUAGUAUCCUGGGUUCUGCGGUGACGGCCCCAGUAAUGCUCCAGACUCUCUUACACCACGGCUGGGAGGGUAGCAUCUGCCGUGAUAUCUUCACGGCAGGUCAACCAGGGCUCUGGACCUUCCUCUUCUGCUUCUCCAAGUUUCCAGAGCUCGUGGACACCCUGUUCAUCGUCCUCCGGAAGCAGAAACUGAUAUUCUUGCACUGGUACCACCACGUGACCGUCUUCGUCUACUGCUGGUACCACUACGCGGUACAGUUGCAUCCUGCGCAGUGGUUCAUCACGCUCAACUUUCUAGUCCAUUCUAUCAUGUACUCGUACUAUGCCCUUCGAGCUUCUGGUCGCAUUCGUCCACCAUUAUGGGUCAAUAUGUUCAUUACCUUUCUCCAGCUACUACAAAUGGUGGUCGGGGUAUCGAUUAACGUUUUCGUCUACCAGCAGAUGACUGCAGACCCAACUUGGCACUGCGAUGGACAAGUCGAAACAUCUUACUUCUACGUCUACUGGUCUUUUGCCAUGUACUUCUCAUACUUUGUUCUCUUUGCCCAUUUCUUCUGGUGUGCCUACUUCUGCAAGUCGCCCCCAUCAUCGGUUAAACGAACAGUUGUGCAGGCAAAUGGCGAUGUAAUCAAGAAAAAGUUCACGUUUACAAAUGGACACAUUCCAAACGGCUCACCGUCCCACUGUAACGGUAUUACUCGACGCAGCUACCUGGCGAAUGCCAACAAUCUCAGCCACUGA